AUGAAAAAGGAAGGGCGUUGCUUUUUAUGCUUGCAGCAUGGACACAUUUCAAAGAACUGUUGUUCAAAUUACAUAUGCAAUAGAUGUGGAAGACGUCACCACAUCUCUUUGUGUAUGAAAGAAAAACGUGCCGAAAGAAAAGAUAAAGACAACAAUGGCUCGGAGGAAAACCCUUCUAACGAAACCAACGCGAAUCACAUCAGCCAAGAAAACAAAGGAAUUCUUUUGCAGACGGCUAAAGCUUUUGUUUCGAAAGAAAGGGAGAGCAGGAACAUACAAACGAGAUUCAUGUUUGAUUCAGGUAGCCAGAGAACAUAUGUCACAAAUGAACUGAAAGAAAAACUGAAUUUAGAAACAAUUCGAAAGGAGAAAUUAAUUAUUAACACUUUUGGCCAUAGCAACAGCCAAUCGAGAGAGCCACCCGUUGUUAAGUUGUAUGUAAAAACCGCUGACCGCUCAUCUACCAAUGCGAAAUAUUACGCUGAUAAUUACGAACACUUGAAGCGGUUGAAAUUAGCAGAUUUUUCAAAUGGUGAAACGAGACUGAAUGUUCACGUUCUGAUUGGUUUAGACCAUUAUUAUUCAUUCAUUACCGGCGAAGUUGUUCGAGAUCCGAGAGGCGGUCCUAUCGCUAUCAAUUCCAAACUUGGCUGGAUUUUGUCCGGAGGUGAACAGUCGAAAGCGAACGAAUCAAGCUGCAUGGAAGUCCACGCCUGCCGUGUUGAUACCGAAAACACAAUUCUUCGUGACGAGUUGAACAAGUUUUGGCAAAUUGAGUCGAUCGGUGACGGAGAAAACGAAAACGUAUUAUCUUCUUUUAAACAAACUCUUGAAUUCAACGGUGAACGCUACGUGACCGAAUUACCAUUUCGUCCUGAUCAUGAUAAACUUUCCGAUAAUUUUUCAGUUUCGAAACAACGCUUAGAUUCUCUUGUUAACAAACGAUUACGAAAUGAACCUGAUUUAGCUGUGCAAUACAACGACGUUUUUGCAGACUACGAAUCGAAACAGAUUAUAGAAAAAGUUCCAGAAAGUGAGAUAGCUUGCGAAAAUGCUCACUACCUUCCGCAUCAUCCGGUUGUACGCCAAGAUAAAAGUACAACGAAAGUUCGUCCUGUUUUUGAUGGAUCUUGUGCCGUUCACAAACCAUCCCUCAAUGACAUUUUGUACUCUGGUCCUAAUUUACUUGCUAAGGUGUUUGACAUUCUGCUGAGAUUCCGUACGAACUACGUCGCUUCAGUUGCUGAUAUUCAACAAGCCUUCUUGAAUAUUGAAAUCGCUGAGAAAGACCGUAAUUAUCUUCGUUUUUUGUGGAAAGAAAACCCUACCGAGAACGAUUCAAAGCUCAUUAUCUAUCGAUUUCUGCGUGUCGUGUUUGGGUUAACGUGCAGUCCGUUUUUACUCAAUGGGACAAUCCAACACCACUUGGAGACUUACGAAAUUAUCUGCCCCGAAAUUACUGAUGUUUUGAAGGAUGAAUUGUACGUCGAUGACCUAACAACCGGUACCGAUACCGUAACUGAAGGCAAGAAACUUUACGAAAUUAGUAAACAAAUCAUGAAAGAAGGAGGGUUCAAUUUGCGAAAAUGGGCUACUAAUAACAAUGAAUUACAAACUUUUAUCGAUAAAAUUGAGAACGUGAAUUCUGAACCGAAUAGCGACAAAACUGUUAACCCCAAAGUAUUAGGGAUCGAGUGGGACAUCGACAGAGAUAUUCUAGUGUACCGAUUUGACGAGUUAUUGAAACGAGCGAAAGAACUGUUUCCAACAAAAAGAAACAUUUUACGUAUAUCUGCUUCAUUUUAUGACCUGUUGGGCCUGAUCGCACCAAUCACCACCAAAGUAAAGGUUCUUUUCCAGAAAUGUUGUCAACACAAGUCCGACUGGGAUGAUCCACUGCAAGGGGAACUGCUUAAACAAUGGAGAGAUAUAUUGAACGAUUUUGCGAAUUUACAAACUUUUGAGAUACCACGUUAUUUAUUCUGUGAACCGCGUCAUGAAAUUCAAUCAAUUGAACUGCAUGGAUUUUGUGAUAGCUCGACGAUUGCCUACGCUGCUGUGAUUUAUGCAAAAAUACGAACUAACCUCGGCGUAAGUGUUUCCAAAGUUGAUGAGCCAUUGCUUAAUGCGAUCAAUGGUAGAUUGAAAGUUGAUCGUUUUUUCGGUUGGUCAGAUUCGGAAGUUGCCCUUUGUUGGCUAAAAGGCAAAUUGAAGCAGUGGAAGCCAUGGGUAGAAAACAGAGUUGUUUAUGUUCGAUCAGUCAUUCCAUCGGAAUCAUGGUUUCACGUUUCCACCAUUCAUAACCCCAGUGAUAUACCUACCAGACCAGACAAAAUUGGUGACUUCAAUUCAAAUUUGUGGUUAAACGGUCCUGAAUUUCUGUCUGAUUCCAGCUUUGUUCCACCUGAGUUUCAUGUCAACAAACAUUCAUUCGAUGUUUUGUCAGAAGAGAAGAAAAGUCAUGUCACUACAAACAUUAGUCAUUCCACUCAUCAUUGUCAUUCGCAGUUACAUGAUAUUAUAGACGAGACUAAGUUUAGCUCACUGAAAAAGCUUAUAACUACCAUUGGAUAUGUUUACAGAUUUGCGAAUAAAUUGUUAAAUCGAAUUCGAAAAAGAGACUUAUCAGUAUGCAACGAUCGUGAACUGUCGACUCAAGAAUACAAAAGUGCAUUUGAUAUUUUGAUUACAAACAAUCAACGAAAACUUCGAAACAACCAAAACUACUUCAACAAACUUUCGUCCGCCCUGAAGUUGUUUGAAGAUGAGAAAGGAGAUUUACGUGUUAAAGGACGUUUUGGUGAGAAUAAAAAGCUUUCAUAUGACGAAAGGUAUCCGUUGAUUCUUUCGAGUGAUUCACAUUUUACAAAACUUCUGGUUGAAGAUGCCCACGAAAAAACAUUUCAUCAAGGCGUAGAAGCGACACUCAACAUGUUACGAAUGAAGUUUUGGAUUCCGAAAGGUAGACGCACAAUCAAAUCCAUUUUACGACAGUGCAUUGUUUGUCGACGAUACCAAGGCAAACCUAUUAAAUCACCACCGACUCCAGAUCUACCAGAAUACAGGUAUUGCGCUUCGAGAGCUUUUGAACACGUUGGGUUCGAUCAUGCUGGUCCACUCUACAUUCGUACCGAGAACCGAAACACGACAAAGGUAUACGUAUUAAUACUUACAUGUGCUACUACUAGAGCUGUGCACUUUGAGCUUUCACCCGAUUUAAAGACGCCAGCGUUCAUUAGAGCUUUCAAAAGAUUUCAAUCCAGAAGAGGAACGCCUGCUACGGUUGUGCAUGAUAACUUUAAAACGUUUAAAUCUAACCAUGUAAAAAGAUUUAUGAGACAUGAGUCUAUUGAAACUAACCCGAUUCUCCCCAAGAGUCCUUGGUGGGGAGGAUUUUAUGAAAGGAUCGUCAGAUCAAUGAAAACCGCCUUGCGUAAGACCAUUGGGAAGGCACUAUUGACUUUCGAAGAGCUCGAGACAGUUCUGUGCCAAGUUGAAGCAUCGAUUAACUCAAGACCACUUACAUAUCAGAGUGAGGACGAUCUUGGACAGACUAUCACACCUUUGCAUUUGAUUUACGGCUCGAACAUUGUUGGUGCUGAAUGUGUCCCAAUGAAUGAUACCGACCAGUGCUCGAAACGAUUACUUUAUGUACAACGAGUGCUUGAUGAUCAGUGGCGACGAUUUUAUCGAACGUAUUUGAACGAAUUACGGCAACAUCACUUCUACAGAAAGGAUGGCAGAGAAACACCUGAUUUAAAGUUGAACGACGUCGUGGUGGUGAAAGAUGAUAACCAACUGCCAAGAAGUAGAUGGCCAUUGGGUAAAGUUACGGAACUGAUCUAUGGAAAGGACGGAUUUAUUCGUGGAGCGAAGAUUCGGGUUAACACCAAGAAAGGACUUGUUUCUACGAUAACGUGUCCUAUUCAAAAACUGAUUCCACUUGAAAUAGCAAAUGAGACUGAAAACAAAGUUGAAAAAGUUGAAAAAAGUGAACUUGAAAAACCCGCUGAAGACACUCUCAAUGAAGAUGAGCAACAACGAAGGCCGACGAGAAAGGCUGCGGUUGAAGGACAGUUGAUGCGUAAACUCCGCGAAGAUCAUACCGUGUUGACAUCGGACAUGUCAACGGGGGGAAAACAGGAUCCUUUUCCUGAAUGUUUAUCAAUGGCUCAAUUUACCGAAAUAACCGAAUCUGUGAUAAGCAAGAGCUCUUUCCUGAAUGUUUAUCAAAGGUCUAAUUUGCGGAAACAACUGUAUCUCUUACGUAUGGAGUACUUCUUGAAACAGGAGCUCUUUUUUCUUAAUGUUUAUCAGAGGCUCGAUUUACCAAAAUAA